AUGUUCAGGAACACCUACGACUCUGACAAUACCGUUUUCUCCCCGCAAGGGCGAUUACAUCAAGUUGAAUAUGCUCUUGAAGCAGUGAAGCAAGGCUCCGCCGCUGUAGGUCUUCGCUCGAAGACACACGCUAUCCUUCUUGCUCUGAAGCGCUCAACGGGAGAGCUCGCGUCGUACCAACAGAAGAUGUUUCGUAUAGAUGACCAUGUUGGGAUCGCUAUCGCUGGUCUGACCUCUGAUGCUCGUGUCUUAAGCAACUUUAUGCGACAGCAGGCCAUGUCCUCCCGCAUGAUCUUCAACCGCCCCGUACCCGUUAACCGACUCGUGUCUGCCAUCGCCGACAAGGCCCAGGUAAACACGCAGGAAUAUGGUCGACGGCCUUAUGGUGUAGGCUUCCUCGUCAUCGGGCAGGAUCAGUCUGGGCCCCACCUCUACGAAUUCUCCCCUGCAGGAAACUCGUAUGAAUACUACGCGAUGUCGAUCGGUGCGCGGAGCCAGAGCGCCAAAACAUACCUGGAAAAGCACUACAAGACCUUUGAUGAUUGCUCUCUGGAGGAUCUCGUCAGACACGGGCUGCAUGCGUUGCGCGAGACACUCCAGCAAGACAAGGAGCUCAAUAUCAACAACACGUCCAUCGGAAUCCUCGGUCCCGCUGCUCCGCAUGAAAAGGGCGUCUCUGGCGCUGGGUCGUUCCGCAUUCUUGACGGGGAAAAAGUGGAGGUUUUCCUCCAGAGCAUGGUACCCAAAGAACCCACUGAGGCCCCAGCGGCUCCAGCAGCUACUGACGACGAUGUACAAAUGGAAGGGUAG